AGUAAAUUGAGUCAAGACCCAACUAGAUGGACAGUUACUGCUGGUGGAAUAAAACAGAACACGUUUGAGUAUUCUAAAAGGAUGUACCAGAUUGAGAGUAUCAUGAUGUAUAAAGACUAUGAUGAGUUUAGUGUGGAAAAUGAUAUAGCUUUGGUGAUGUUGAAAUCAGAGAUCAAAUUCUCUAACUAUAUUCGUCCCAUCUGUCUACCGUCUGAAAACGACACGCUAGAAGUCGGAACACCAUGCUACCUUGCUGGAUACGGAGACACUCAUGGUAAUAAUAAUAAUGUCGUUUCCUACACAAUAGAACAGAGUGCCCGAAAACAGGCAGUUCAAAGUGUUUUCAGUCAGAAAAUUUCAAGCACAGCAAUAAUUUUUCUGGCCAUUGUUGAAUUAUGGCUUUUUUAA